AUGUCAUGGCCCCCUCCGUACGGCGCACGCCCGGGCUUCGCCAACAACAUCCCCCCUCCCCCUCCGCCCGGUGGCGGUGGUGUCGGCACCUCGGGCCACCACCCGUAUAACCCUCAGUUUCACGCUCAGAACCCGCUGGCUAUGAGCGCCACCUACGUCCCCACCGGCGACACGUACGGCGACGUCCCCGGGCUCCCAGGCUUCGCCUCCGACGACGUAUCCUCGACGGCCGCUAGCUCCAACAACUCGUGGCUGUCAUCGUCCACGGGAAAUACCUCGCAGACGACCGUCAGCGCCGAUAGCACCAUGAAUAAUAAUAAUAAUAAUAACAGCAACAGCAACAACAACAACAACAGCAGCAGCAGCAACACCGCUACCACCCCGCUCGAGGACCACCCAGCCAUCCUGCAGCCCGGGAACGCCCAGGGGAGAGCUUCGGCGGGCGCCGCCGCCGCCGCCGCCGCCGCCGUUGCUACUGCUGGUGGCAGUGGAACCUGCACCUCCGAUACCACGACAACCACAGCGUCGGCUGCUUCAUCUGCAAGCUCUAUACCGCCCGAGAUCGCUGCUCAGUGGCAACCUGAAACCGUCCUGCUAUGGCUGUCCAAGAACCAGUUUUCUAAGGAGUGGCAGGAGACAUUCAAGGGGCUCAACCUCCAUGGCGCGCAGUUCCUCGAAAUUGGUACCAGCAGGGGCAGCUACGGAAUGAUGCACCAGCACGUCUACCCGCGUCUGAGGUCGCAGUGCUUGCACAGCAACACCGAGUGGGACGAGACGCGCGAGAGGGGCGAGGGGAGGAGGCUGCGCCGCCUCAUCCGGAGCAUCGUUCCAAGGAGACCUGGCGCUAGUGACCCGUCCCCCAAGGUCGGUGGCGGACAGAAGGACGCCGGUGCUACUCUUCCCAGCGCUGGUACUGAUCCUUCGGAGUCGCCUAAUACACCUCUAAAUAGCUUCCCCGGCCCCGGCUUCACCGAACGACGAUACUCGCAGAGGACACCCAAUAUGUCGCAUAGCGGCAACGGCAAGGCCACGGGGGCCUUCCUCAAGAGUAUCGAUACCGAGAGCGCGCGUCGCGGAACCCCCAUUACGAACGAACAAGGUGACAGCGGACCUUUCCGCAGCACGCGCACCGACAGUCCCAAUGGGAGCCCGGCGCAGCAGGGUCCCCUCGGUCCCAGCCUCACAACGCCGGUCCUGUCGUCUUCGCCUGCCCAGAGCAGGUUUGGCCACCGCUCGCGCCUCAGCUCGGAAUCCACGGCGUCCAAUGCCGCGCACUAUGGUGAUGGACAGCCAGAUGUUCUCCCUUCCUCUGCAUCGUCCGGCCGCCUGUACAGUGAAGGGCGCACGCGACAGUCGCCUCUCGACAGUGCCGACCGGUCUGCCGGCCCUGAGCCGUCGCACUGGCACAAGGAUCAGAAAAGCCGGUUAGGCCUCGGAUUCCUGCGCAAGAAGAAGCCCAGCACCAAGGACGAAGCGACCUCCCCCGAUGAGGUGGAGUCGCCGUUGUCGUUUGCCAACCGGGCGGCGCAGGCUAGCGACCCGCACCUGCCCGGUCCGCAGGGCGACUUCAUGUCGGCGACCAAGCACGUCCGGUCGACAAGGAUCUACGUGCUGGCCACGACCGAUUACUGGAAUUACCGCAUGUGCGACAUCACGGGAGCCAACACGGCCAUUGACAUCCGGCGCGAUGUGUGCAUCAAUCUGGGCCUGAGCGACUACUCCAAUUUCGCCUUCUAUAAGACAGAGCUCGGUACCUUUGACCACACCGACGUGCUGGACGAUAAUAAGCUUCUUAACACCAAACGCGCCUUUGCCGACACGGUCGGCUCGCUCAAGUUCUUCGUCCGCCCUGCCCCGCCUGUGCCAUCCCCCGUGUACGUCGCGCCCGACUUGGCGAUAGCCUCGCGGAACGGACUGGAGGAGCUCUCGGGCAGCGCCAGACAGCGGUCCAGCUCGUCGCCCCCCAGCUCGCGCGUGAACACGGGCACGAGCGAGCACGUGUCCGAAAAGGACCUCGCGCAGGACUCGACCGAAUACAAGGCUGAGAUUGACCGGCAGCAGCGCUAUGGUAUUAUGGGAAGCAGACGCGUCGAUUUCGAUCAGCCCCGUGAGUCGCCCUUUGAGGACAAGAAGGUCGACCACUUCCUGCCCCAGAGGCGCGCACCCGCCCCGCCUAGCGACCCAUCCGUCACGCAGAGAAAGGCGGACUCGCUCAGGAGGAAGUCCGGAAGUAAUGAACGGCACAGUACUGGGGCUAGCAGCACCGCGUCGGCGCCCGAGGCGGAGAAGGGCAAGAAAGCUAUGUCGCCGCCACAACCUAGCGAGGGGAUCGGAGCCCUCCUCGUCGGCGUUGGCAGGAGCCUCGGUGCCGUCGGACAGUCCUCUGCUAGUGGCAGAGGGGUCUCGCCGCAUCGGGGAGUACAGGCGGAGCAGAAGCCUCAGCAGCAAGGUGAACAGUCGUCGUACCCUGUGGGGUCAUUGAGACGUGACGAGGCUAACGUUGCCACAGCUCCUGCUAAAUUGGGCUCCGAGUCGCCGCCGGCGCCGCCGGCGCCGCCGACGCCGCCGACCAAGCCGUCUAGAGACGAGAGCUGGAACACGGAAGAUACGGGCUUCAACGAGCCCGACAUUUCAUUCUCCUCAAGCACAGGGAACACAGCAGCCGAACCGGCACAGGAUGACGACAGCGACGAUGAGUCAGAUGAUGGGCUGUUUGCCAUCAUGCCUACGUCGAGACGCAAUGAAAAGGAGCCAGAUGCGAACGCGUCUGGAAUGGACCGCAAGCCGGGCGGGCUGCGUGGCAAGAGACCAGAUCUCACGCUGGACGUGCCCAAGAAGAAGACGCUCUCCGUAUCGUUUACGUCGCCCAUGUCGCCCAUUAGCGCGGCGACGACGCACAGCACCGACGAUCACGGUGCCAGCAGCGGGCGCCGGGCACCGGGGACGCCGCGAUCCGACUCGUCCGAGGACACGCAGAAUAAGCUCAACCGCAGGAAGUCGUUCAAGGAGGUGGACGUGUGGGCCAACCGUCCCCCCACAGACGCGCUGCUCAGCAACCUCGACGACUUCUUCCCCAAUCUCGAUCUCGACCAACCCGUGCUGGAUGAGACGGUUGAGGGCGACAUAGCGCCGUCGAUCCCAGAGAACGAUGAAGCCGGCGGCGAUGGUGGCAGCAGUGGUAAUGCGGGCAGCGGCAUGGAGCCGACAACGCCGAUACCGUCUACGGCAAUGGACAAUGCGGCCAAGGACUCGCACCAUGCGCGGCAGAUGUCCGUAUACAACGACGGCGACACGCUGGGAUCGGACGAGUCGACGCUAAAGGCCGACAGACGGACGGGCUCGCUGUCCAACAAGGGUGGUGGCAGCCGGCGGGCAGCGGCUACGGGUCUAGGUCGGAUGAAGUCGAUCCGUGAGGUGGCCAACAAGCGAUACACACGCUUCUCGGACAACAUGAGCCCGCUGCCGGCCAGCUCCAAUACGGGGCAGGCCAGGGACAGCAGCGCCAACGCCAAGAUUAUGCGGCGCAAGAGCACUAAGAUGUUCAACGCCAACAUCACCAGCCCGCUGCCGACUCGGCAGACGACGUUUCGGUGGUUCAAGGGCCAGCUGAUCGGAAAGGGAACGUACGGACGCGUAUACCUCGGUAUGAAUGCGACGACGGGAGAAUUCCUAGCGGUCAAGGAAGUCGAGGUGAACCCGCGAGCGGCGGCGGGCGACAAGGCCAAGAUGAGGGAGAUGGUGGCGGCGCUAGACCAGGAGAUUGACACGAUGCAGCACUUGGACCACGUCAACAUUGUGCAGUACCUAGGCUGCGAGCGCAAGGAGGCGAGCAUCAGCAUCUUCCUCGAGUACAUUUCCGGUGGUAGCAUCGGAUCGUGUCUCCGCAAGCACGGCAAGUUCGAGGAGUCGGUGGUGUCGUCCCUGACGCGGCAGACGCUGUCGGGGCUGGCGUACCUGCACCGCGAGGGUAUCCUUCACCGGGAUCUGAAGGCGGACAACAUCCUGCUGGACCUGGACGGCACGUGCAAGAUCUCGGACUUUGGCAUCUCCAAGAAGACGGACAACAUCUACGGCAACGACAAGACAAACUCGAUGCAGGGCUCCGUCUUCUGGAUGGCGCCCGAGGUGAUCCGGUCCCAAGGGGAAGGGUACAGCGCCAAGGUGGAUAUCUGGAGUCUCGGGUGCGUCGUACUCGAGAUGUUUGCCGGUCGGAGGCCGUGGAGCAGAGAGGAGGCCGUGGGUGCCAUCUACAAGCUCGCCAACGGGGAGACGCCGCCUAUCCCCGAGGAUGUACAGGAGACGCUCGGGCCUUUGCCUGUGGCCUUCAUGAUGGACUGUUUCCAAGUAAACCCGUUCGACCGCCCUACAGCCGACGUUCUCCUCUCGCAACAUCCCUUUUGCAACUGGGAUCCCGAUUACAACUUUUUCGACACUGAGCUGUAUGCCAAGAUUAAGGGGACAUUUAGGAGUGAUUGA